GUCGGAUAAUAGGAUCGAAGUGUACCUAAGCUUUAUCUUUGAAAUGCCAUUCCUUGUAUGAUGCAUCGUUCCUUUCUUUCUCUCAAUUCUCCUCCCAUUUUCUUGCACCUCAUUGCACAGUACGGGUAGCAAAUCAGGGUUCCUGGUGUUUACUACUUGACGGUUCCACAUUGAGUGCGGGAUGUGCCAAGAGUCCUAGCGGACUUCGGCGCCAAGAUCACCUCCCGGCAAUCGCUCUGUAUGGCAUGGGCAGAUUCAAUCCCGGCAUUUGGUCAACAUCACCGUUGGAUUAAUCGCCGAACUUUGACGGCGCCAUUGUACAACACAGUUCCUUCAUCAGCUUCGAGGUUAGGGUGCGUCCAACUGAAGAGCCCCCAGCGCCUUCCCCUGGGCCGUCCGGCGCAAUGGGCGCAACGGUGUCGGCCAUCAAGACCCUGAUUAUCCCGGCCAUCAUCUCUCUCCUCCUCUUUAUCGUCUCGACCUUCGUCCUCCUCCCCCUUUGGCAGCGAUACCGAAACCGAUACAGCCAAUAUCUCCCGCUCGAAACAAUAUCGAACCAGACACUGUCGUUGCGGGGGAGGAUGCAGGGCGCCAUGGCGCGCUUCAUGGCCCCGUCGGCGUGGAGGGCAAGGGUGUUGGACCGCGUUGUCGUGGCGGACCGAAGUUCGUCGGACUCAGAAGAUGGGGAAGAACUAGGUGAGGUGGGUGAGAUGGCUGUGAGGCGGGUGUUGGAUCGACAGAGGGUUGUUCACGUUGACAGUACCCCUAGGUUAAGCAGAGACUUAGAGGAAGGCUUUAUGGAUGACAGUGAUGACGAGAGUGAACAUGGCAGAGGGCGAUAGAUCUAUCAAUCCGGCGAUCAUUACGUUUCAGUAUAUCCCCCGGCGAAGAAGCGGCUUCUUAUGUACCCCUGCGUCUGGAAGAUGUCAACUGCAUGUGGCUUUCUAUACUCAGCGCAGUUAACGGUUUCACAGACAAACGGCUUCGGACCAACAACGCGACAGACCGACGCUGGUUGCUGCUGUAACUCUGAUUGAUGGUAGUGCUCUCUUGGGUGAGGGUAUCGCAUGUUGUGCGCUCCGAGGGCUUUCGGUAUGGCUACGGAGAACUCCAAAGUAUUUGACACGAUUUGAACUCUUGCAUCGUACGAGAUUAACGGUCUGUUCUACAAACUGAGAACUAGGUACCUGCUCCAGUUGGUAAAAAGGCAGCCCUACAUCACAACCCUGGCUUCCAUUGUUUCCGAGGUCGGAUGGUAAUAUUGGUCCUUGUCCACACACAGUACGCUAUCCGUAAUGCGUAUUUACAACAUGCCCGGGG